ACUCAGAAACGGACAAUGAAGAUCUUUACGAACAGAUCAUCAUAUGGAGUGAAGAAAAACCUGAAAUAAAUGAACAAGAAGAUCGAAAAUUAGAAAAUGACAAAAUGGCAGAUAACAAAAAUCUGGAUAUCAAUAACGUACUUAUCGUGAUUCAACAACUCGCACAAGCCAUAACGAAUCAAAAUGAAUGGCCUAUGGAGAAAAUGAUCAUACCUAUUCGGAA